AUGAAACCAUCCACCUUCCUGGCCUUCCUCGCCCCGACCAUCGUCCUCGCCGACUCACAACAACCCGCCUCAGGUGUAAGCCUCUCCUCGGACUUUGCGCACAACUCGCCCGCCGUCUCAUUACCAGAACUCGCUCAGCGGGAACAGUUCGCUCCAUUCGCUGACCGUGAUCUGCCGUCCGAUGAGUUGCGCUUGCUCGCUGCUCGCUAUGUCCUCCAGGCGCGCAGUGAGGGUUCCCUCGGCCAGACCCCGUGGAUUGGCAUGGCUAUCGGGUUGACCUUUACUGCUCUGGCGGCUGUGAUGCUCGGGUGA